CACAACUACAUUUCCCAUGAGCCACCACCAGUUUGUACGUCACAAACCAAGAUGGCGGGGGUUGCAGCAUUUUUAAAGAAUGCGUGGAAUAAAGAGCCCGUCAUCUUCGCCUCUUGCACGAUAGGUCUAAUGGGUCUUGUGCUCCCGGUACUAAGUCCAUACACAAAGUAUUCAGGAAUGAUCAAUUCUGCGGUGCCAUACACCUACCCAGUUCCUGUUCGAGAUGACGGAAACUUGCCCGACAUUCCCGUGCACCCGUGUGAGCAAAGGGGAGACAGGCUGCAAUGGCUGAAAGACCUUUAACUUCACAUUCUUGAUCACUUUGUUUUGCCUUUGUCAAUGGCCCACAAUAAAAAUUGUCUAUUUAGUUCACCGUA